AUGGCAGCUACGGCGUCCCCACAGGCACAGUUCCCUUCUGGACUAGGUUGAGACAUGACGGAGAUCACUAAAGAGUUCCUGCAGGGUUUGCUGGCUGAGGAGCAUCCAGACGUCACCAUAACAGGGUUCGAUGGUGCUCCAGGCUCGAAACGAGGUGACAACUAUACGUCAAUGGUCUACAGGAUAUCAUUAACUGGCAUCAAAAAACACAUUGAACCCGAUGGCUCCAGUGAAAAGGAUGAACCGUGGGAAGGCUCCAUUAUCUACAAAUGUUUACCAGAAAGCCACGCUAGAAGGGACUAUUACAAAUCCGACGAACUGUUCUGCAACGAAGUUGCUUUUUAUAACAAAAUCUGGCCAGCGUUUUCGAAAUUCCAAUCUUUGUGGGAAAAAGUAAAAUAUCCAUUUAAAUCUUUACCAAAAUGCUACCUAGCAAGGAAUGAUUUGGUCGUGAUGAAAGAUUUGAAGCAAUAUGGGUUUGUGAUGCCGGAUAGAAGGCAGGGUUUGACCGUUGAGCAAUGUUAUUUUGUUUUGAAGCAUCUGUCACAUUUCCAUGCUUUGUCGCUGGCUAUGAAGUAUCAUAAUCCUGAAGGAUUUUACGAGCUGAUUAAUGAUAAGGAUGGUAUUUCUGAAGUAUUCUUCGUCCCAGAAAACGAUGCUUACUAUAAAGACUACUAUACACAAGCGAUAAAAAAUGCAAUAACAAUGGUUGAAGAGGAAUUGGCCAAUUCCGAAGAUAAAGACAAAUAUUUGGAAAAGUUCAAGCAGUUCUGUAGUGAAGAUACCUUCUUCCAGUCCAUGGUGGACUUGGUUACGCCACAAGAACCGCUGGCAGUGAUAUGUCAUGGAGAUUGUUGGACCAAUAAUUUCUUGUUUAGAUAUGUGGAUGGUGAUAUUGCUGAGAUGUACGUAGUGGACUUCCAACUGGUUCGCUAUGCGUCCCCUACCCUGGACUUGGCUUACGUAAUGUAUCUAUGUCUAGACAAGCAACAACGGGCCGACCAUCUGUCAUCACUAUUCGAGUAUUACGUUGACGAGCUUCACGCGAGAUUGAUCGAGAUGAGUGAUGAGGAUUCAGUGUUCCAUGGCAGUUUGAACAGAGAUGCCUUGUUCGAGAUGUUACAAGAUGAUUUCAAACGCAGUGGUCGGUUCGGGCUUGGCAUGGCGCUUGAUAUGUACCCCAUCAUGACCUGUGACAGCGACGAAGCACCUAAUGUUUAUGAAAGUGAGACGGCUUCCGGUAAUGGGGAAGCCUGUGUAAAACCUGUGUGGACAUCAAAUGCGACAUGCAGAAGGAAGAUGACCGAAUUAGUUCAGGAAAUUGUAGAUGCGGCUUUGAUAUAAUCCUAUAUCAUACACGUAUAAAGUUUGGGCUAAUAAUAAAAAGCCGUGUAGUACCUACCAUAAUAACAAUCUAGAAAUAAAACAAAAAUCAAGAAAGUUUCCAUUUCAUCCUGAAAAUAUGUAUAUCCCUAUACUAUUUCCUGAAAUAGCCAAUACCUGUAUUGACAGAGUUAAAGAAUCAUUGGAUUUCUUGUGUUUGAAUGGAAAUAAUUUGUUCAUUAGAAUAAUAACUAAGUAAAUUAAAGGUUUAUAAGUAGUUAAUUUUGUGGUGUUAGUAACAAAUGUAAAUAAUCUUUAGAUACUUAUAACAUUUAUUGUGUGUCGUUUAGUAGAUAAACAUACUUAUAAUAAAACAUUGGUGUUAAAACUUAUUUAAUAAUAUGAACAUUUUGUGACGUUCUUAUAAGUUUAUGGAAUAUAUUAUAUUACAUGAAAAUCAGA